UCCAUCAACCGGGACGACUACGAGCUGCAGGAGGUGAUCGGGAGUGGAGCAACUGCUGUGAUCCAAGCAGCUUAUUGUGCCUCCAAAAAGGAGAGAGUGGCAAUCAAACGGAUAAACUUUGAGAAGUGUCAGAAAAGCAUGGAUGAACUCCUGAAACAAGAAGAAAUUCAAGCCAUGAGUCAAUGCCAUCACCCUAAUAUUGUGUCUUACUACACGUCUUCUGUGGUAAAGGAUGAACUGUGGCUGGUCAUGAAGCUGCUGAGUGGAGGGUGUGGUCUGGAUAUUAAGUAUAUUGUGGGAAAAGGGGAGCAUAAAAAUGGAGUCCUGGAUGAACCUACCAUUGCUACAAUCCUCCAAGAAGUCUUAGACGGAUUGGAAUACCUACAUAAGAACGAGCAGAUUCCCAGAGAUGUGAAAGCCGGAAACAUUCUUCUAGGAGAAGAUGGCUCUGUACAGAUUGCAGAUUUUGGUGUUAGUGCUUUUCUAGCGACUGGUGGUGAUAUUACUAGAAAUAAAGUGAGGAAAACGUUUGUUGGCACCCCUUGCUGGAUGGCACCUGAAGUUAUGGAGCAGGUUCGAGGUUAUGAUUUUAAAGCUGACAUCUGGAAUUUUGCCAUCACGGCGAUUGAACUGGCCACAGGGGCAGCUCCUUAUCAUAAAUAUCCACCAAUGAAGGUAUUAAAGCUGACACUCCAGAACGAUCCUCCGUCUUUGGAAAUUGGUGUUCAAGAUAAAAUGCUGAAAAGGUAUGGAAAAUCAUUUAGAAAAAUGAUUUCACUGUGCCUUCAAAAGGAUCCAGAAAAAAGACCAAUGGCAGCAGAACUGUUGCGGCACAAGUUUUUCCAGAAAGCAAAGAAUAAAAAAUUUCUUCAAGAAAAAAUAUUGCAGAGAGCACCUACCAUUUCUGAAAGAUCUAAAAAGGUUCGGAGAGUACCAUGCUCCAGUGGCCGUCUCCAUAAGACAGAGGAUGGAGGCUGGGAGUGGAGUGACAAUGAAUUUGAUGAGGAAAGUGAGGAAGGGAGAGCAGCAAUUUCACAACUCAAGUCUCCCCGAGUGAAAGACUCACUGUCCAAUUCUGAGCUCUUCUCAGCAGGCGACUCCAUGGGCACUUUGCUCCAAGUUCCCGAACAAAUUUUUGCUCAUCUACCUCAGCCAGCUGUCCAGAUGCCUACACAGCCUGCUCAAGUAUCUCUCCUGCCCCCUGCAGAGCCAGCAAAAACAGCACAGGCUCAGUCUCCAGCAGACCACUCCACGGAGACCAAGGUCCCUAUCAGUCUCAUGCUGAGGUUAAGAAAUUCCAAAAAGAACUAAAUGAUAAUUCGAUUUGAAUUUACUCCUGGGAGAGACACCGAGGAGGGGGUCUCUCAAGAGCUCAUUUCUGCUGGCCUGGUUGAUGAAAGGGAUUUAGUAAUAGUGGCAGCUAAUUUGCAGAAAAUUGUGGAGGGACCUCAGUCAAAUCGAUCUGUCACUUUCAAACUGGCAUCUGGUGUUGAAGGUUCGGGUAUUCCUGAUGUUGACAAACUAAUAGGAUUUGCCCAGCUCAGGAUCAGCUAAACCACAGCCCUGGAAGAGUCAGCCUAAGGAGGUGCCACACAUGGAUAUCUGUUGCUUCUGUUGGCCUGAACCUACAACUGCCAAAGAGCCCAGCAACAAACUUCCUGGCUUGGAGCUUUAGACCUUUAUUUAUAUUCUUCUCGCCAUCACCCCCACCCUUUCCACAAGGAAAGAGAAGUUGGAUCGCCAGUGGCCAGCAUCCCCUCAGAGAGUUCCGUUAGUAGAUAUGCUGCUCAUGCCCCCUCUUCCUCCAUCUGAGAAGCAGCUGGUGUGCCUCAGGGCCCAGGAUGGAAAUCUCUCAGCUUACU